AUGGCAAAUACAGGUGAGCUUGCGGAAUAUUUGUACAGUCAUUCUAAAGAGGAUUUAGAGAAGGAAGGAUUGGCGAGUAUAAACAAGCGGCUUCGACCACAUCUUGAAGUGCUUGGAGGCCUCAUUGCUGAAGGAAUUGAUUCCACAAAGGAAUGGGCGAAAAGGCUUUGUGGGAAAGCUCCGUCAUUUAAAGUACUUUCUCGGCUAGAAUCAAGCGAACUUCAGUCUUACUGCCAAGGAGCUGAUGACGGAGAAAUGGACCAAGUUCGCCAGCUGGUUGAAACUGUUAAAGUUAACAAAAAAAAAAAAAAAAAGGCUCCCCGACGUUCCGCAAGGUGA